AUGAACUAUGCACACACGAUAAUCCUAGCAAUAAUUCUGGUAACCCUCUUCUGUUGCUUCUUCGGGUGGUGCCUGAUGCGAAGUUGCCGGCGCGUCAUCGACGCCGAGAUGCACGAAUUGGAGUGUCAACGGGAGGAGUGCUCGACUGUGAAGAGUGCUCGUGGGGCGAGCAGUAAAGUGAAUAGCAAAGCGGGCAGCAAGGCGAGCAGCAAAGCGAAUAAAGCGAGCAAGGCGGGUGGGAGUGGGGCAAAGUAG